AUGGCGUCCCAGGGAAUUGUCAAGCAGGCACGGGGUAAACCACGCGGCUUUCGUCGGGACCGGGACUGUUUGACCUGCAAGAGCCGCGAUGUCAAAUGCGAUCUGAACCGUCCCACUUGCACACCUUGCCUACAGGCUGGUGUCGUGUGUCGAGGAUACCGGAACAAGAUCAAGUGGACCACAACCGCAACCACAGUCGCCACAACCAGUCGAGAAUCAUCACGGCUGAACAAGACCUCAAGAUGGCAGCCCAAAGCCUCGGACAAUGCCACAAACCUUUCACUCAUCCGGCAAGAGCUAUGCCUUAUCGAAAGGCCAUUGCACGUCGAAGACCUUUACAACGACACGAACUGGGCGACUCACCACGAGAUGUUUUUGGACUUUUUCGAAAGCAAGUUUGAGAAUGCGAUAGAUUCCCUCGGUCCAUCAAGCCCACCGGCGCGAGCAUCUCUUACCAGCGUAUGGAAGUUGAUGCAGCAGCGUGUGAGGCACGACCGGUGCUUGUUGGCAGACGGACAGGAUGUGGAGUAUCUCACACUACGACUGGAUGCCUUGCGCGGCGUGGGCAACGCGAUCAAGGACGGCGACAUCAUGGCAAUCUUCGGCGUGGUCACACUGGGCUUUCUCGAUGUGUACGAGGGCCCCUUUGGUGACUGGCAAGGCCACGUCUCUGGAGCCGAAGCCCUGGUCAAACACUGCUGUACCACCAACCUAGACUUGGAGACAUGCUGUCACCAGAUCCCUGGGUUCAGGCAACUUCUUUCCCUCAUCAUGUGGUACGACCUCUGGAACGUUCUCUUGAACAAGGGAAGAACUCUAUUUUUCACCGACCAGCAGCGCUGCAUCAUGGACCCAGAGUUCUUCGGACUAGUGGACUGUCCCAUGGACACCUUCCACCUCUUCAUCAAGAUAGUGCGCGGCAUGGAGACGGGAGAGCUUCCGGACUUGCAAGUCGAGAUAUCAAAUCAGCUCCUUCUCUUGACCAAGGACGACAGCAAUUUGUCAUCGAUGAUGAGAGACGCCUGGAGAUACUCAGCCGUGAUGGCGGCAUUCGCCACCGGCAAGCGAAAUCAGCAAGCGCCUCACGCACCUAUGGAACAGCUGAUCAAGACGCUAGGGGAUAACAUUUGUCGCAUCACCUGGUCGAUAUCUCCCCUGACGGGCAGAUAUCGGAUGUUAUCCGGGCCAUUAGCCGUCCUCGGGGCCAUCUCCAGGAAUCCGUGGCACAUGCAGACGGUGGAAAUGUAUUGGAAUGUUUGCGAUUCGCUGGCGCGGCCCAUCUACCCGGACGGACGCCAUGUCCGGCCCUGUAUCUAUGGAAAGGUUAUCUGUAAUGCGCUAUCGUACUGUCUGUCAGCCGAGGGUCAAGAGCGCGGCACCUUGGGCCAAAUUGGCAGCUAUAAUCUCCAGGUGUCGGUGCCCCUUGUUACAAACAUCAUGACUCCUGCGGAGACUCCAGAGUGGAAGCAAAUUGCACGGAACAAGCGCGCCGACCAGCAGCAGCUGAUCCCGAAAGAAUGGCGACUUCCAUCGAUGGAACAUCUCCCCAAGAAUGCCCUUGCUUACAUUCGUGAGAGCUCUAUUCUCACCCCGGAAGAGCUUUCCAUAACUGAGAUUACGGAUGCUCGACAUUUGUUGAACAAGAUUGCCACUGGUGGUCUGACAGCUGUGCAAGUUUUACGCGCUUUUUGCAAGCGUGCCGCCAUUGCUCAGCAGCUCGUUGGCUGCUGCACCGAGUUGAUGUUUGAUGAAGCACUCGAGCGUGCUGUUCUAUUAGACAAUCAUCUUGCGACUACUGGGAGGGUGAUAGGGCCUUUGCACGGCCUACCUAUCUCGUUUAAGGACAACAUUGACGUCAAAGGUUACGAUACUACUUGGGGAUGGGUAGGGCUCAUUGACAAGCCAGCUCCAGCUGAUUGUGUGACAGUAGAGGUUCUAAAGUCCCUAGGAGCUGUGCCAUUCGUCAAGACAAAUGUGCCACAAACGAUCAUGAUGUCCGACUCGUACAACCACGUGUUCAAGCAGACGUUGCACUCGUGGAAUAGAGAGCUUGUUUCGGGGGGCAGUAGCGGCGGCGAAAGUUCCCUGAUUGGAGGCAGGGGAUCCAUUCUCGGCAUAGGAACCGAUACGGGAGGUUCAAUCCGAAUACCAUCUAUUGUUCAGGGAUUAUAUGGGCUGUGCCCGUCUGUCGGCCGCAUUGCAUUCGAUGAUUCAGGGUAUGUGGGCUCGCUCCGAGAUAUCUACAUCCGCCCUAAUGCUGAUGACAUCUUCAGAAACCGCCGAUACAUUGCACCUCCAGUAUCUGGGCCUAUGGCUAGCAGUUUGGCCACCAUCGAAACAUUCAUGGAAGCAUACCUAGGUGCCGAGCCCUGGAAGAAAGACCCGACCACUGUACCGCUGCCAUGGAACAACACCCUUGCCCAGGUACCAAGUCGCCCACUGCGUAUUGCGUACUACACAGAUGAUGGGGUGGUACUUCCUCAGCCACCUAUUCGGAGGGCUGUUGAGACUGUUGCCCAGAAGCUCAAAGAAGCAGGACAUCACGUGACAAUCUGGGAUUCUUCAAAUCACGGGCAGCUUAUGGACUACUGGACCAAAACUACCUUGGCCGAUGGAGGGAGUUUAGCCAAGUCAUAUUGCGAUAUGAGCGGCGAGCCGCUGAUUCAGGGGCUGAUAGUAGGCUCUGAGAGCGACAGGCUCUCGAUCGCUGAGAUGGAACAGAUGGCAGAGCUGAGAAUCAAAACCCAGAAGGAGUAUCUCCGCAGGUGGAACGACUCCGAGAUAGACGCGCUCAUUACACCAGCCCUGACGUUCACGGGAUUGCGACCGCGCGAGUGGGUUCAGUCUCAUGCCUGGGUGGGAUACACCGCAGUCUGGAACUGGCUUGGGUUUGCAUCACUUGCAGUGCCAGUCACCACUAUCGACGCAGACAACUCAGCGCCGGACACAGAGUGGGCCGCUCAUGUGCCAAGAAACCCAAGUGAUCAAUACAGCUGGGAGCAUUCUGACAUGCAGGGUGCUUUAGAUGAUCCAGAGUUGGCAUCAGGCAUGCCGGUUGGGGUUCUUGUUGUUGGAGGACGAUUUGGAGAGGAAAAGACCAUUUCUGUAGCGAAGGCGAUCGACAAAGCGCUCGGAAGGUGA